AUGCAGGGUCUUGCGGAUGGUCCCGUCAAGACUCACCUGUUUCGGCUUAAACUAGAUUCACUAGAACAAGCCAUUUCCAUUGCGGAACAGGAAGACAUCAGUCUGAGACAGGCUCGCGCCAGCUCGACAUCAUAUCGUCAACCGAGACGGUAUGACAACGGAGGUCCAGAGCCGAUGGAAUUCUGUUAUGUAGAGAGCGAGAAGGCUCGCUCUACAGACUACAAGAAGCUGCAGAAAUGCAACAGAUAUCAGAAGACAGGACACUACGCUUACGAGUGUAGUGCCCCUCGUCCAGUGUCUCGCGACACUGGGCGUAGUGACCGUCCACCCAUGAGAAAGGGGCAGGGACGCGGGUCCGCUGUUGGUGCAAAGACGCAACAACGGGAUGGACCGUCAAAAAACGGUCAGGAUCAGUAG